AUGUCUGUUCACCUGACAGUGAGGAAAGUGGGCCAGAGGCCACACGAAGGUCCUGAAGACAAAGAAUUCUCACCCACGGGGGAGGCAGCAGUGGACAGCUACCCCAACUGGCUCAAAUUCCACAUCGGCAUUAACCGGUAUGAGCUGUACUCAAGGGACAACCCAGCGGUCGAUGCCCUGCUGCGGGACCUCAGCACGCAGAAGAUAACCAGUGUGGCCAUGAAGUCGGGGGGCACUCAGCUCAAGCUUAUCAUGACGUUCCAGAAUUACGGUCAGGCUCUGUUCAAGCCCAUGAAGCAAACGAGAGAGCAGGAGACACCCCCUGACUUUUUUUAUUUCUCUGACUACGAGAGGCACAAUGCAGAGAUCGCUGCCUUCCACCUAGACAGGAUCCUGGACUUCCGCCGGGUCCCUCCUGUGGCCGGCAGGAUGAUCAACAUGACCAAGGAAAUCCGGGACGUCACGCGAGACAAGAAGUUGUGGAGAACCUUCUUCAUCUCCCCAGCCAACAAUGUCUGCUUCUAUGGGGAGUGUUCCUACUACUGCUCCACGGAGCACGCCCUGUGCGGGAAGCCGGACCAAAUCGAGGGCUCACUGGCGGCCUUCCUGCCAGACCUGUCCCUGGCCAAGAGGAAGACCUGGCGGAACCCCUGGCGACGCUCGUACCACAAGCGCAAGAAGGCAGAGUGGGAAGUGGACCCCAACUACUGCAAUGAGGUGAAGCAGACACCCCCCUAUGACAGCAGCCACCGCAUCCUGGACAUCAUGGACAUGACCAUAUUCGACUUCCUCAUGGGGAACAUGGACCGCCAUCACUAUGAGACUUUUGAGAAGUUUGGGAACAAGACCUUUAUUAUCCACUUGGACAAUGGAAGAGGGUUUGGAAAAUAUUCCCAUGACGAACUUUCCAUUCUGGUGCCUUUACAACAGUGCUGCAGGAUCAGGAAGUCCACCUACCUGCGGCUGCAGCUCCUGGCCAAGGAGGAGUACAAGCUGAGCCUGCUGAUGGCUGAGUCCCUGCGCCAGGACCGGGUGGCCCCUGUGCUGUUCCAGCCGCACCUGGAGGCCCUGGACCGGCGGCUGCGCCUCGUGCUGCAGGCUGUGGGGGACUGCGUGGGGAAGGAUGGGCUACGCCGCGUGGUGGACGACGACCUGGACCCUGGGCACAGAGUCUCCACCGACAGGUAGUGACCACAGCCGCCGGCCGGCGCCCAGAACAGACACGUGUGCCGAGCCCAGACUCAGGCGCCACAAGGCCGCUCCAGGACCCGGGGACCUCGGGGGCGUGAGGUCCUCCAGCAGUGGGUCUGACAGGACACCUUCCGCUGUUUUCAAGACAGAAGAGGGUGGGGAGAGAGCUCCCCUGCUGACGGACAGAGGCGGUCCGGCGGCGGGCGGCCCCCUUUGUGUGGAAGGGAAGCCUUUACGUACUGCUUUGUGUUUACACACAGACUGUAUGUGUGCAGAGCGCUGCCUACACAGACCCCAGGUGCACAGAGCCCCCCUGGAGGACUCUCGUGCUGUGGACCGAACUUAAAAUAAAACUUUCCCCUCCCUUCCCUGCUGCAUUCGGGGGAUCCCCUCCGAGACUCCGGGCUCCUGAUGCCGACGUGGACUUACGUGGAUAGAUGAACAUUCACGUGUGUUUUCAAAGUGAUGAAAAUGACCAGUUAUUCUGUUUCUCGGCACCGCCCACCAGCACCCAGGACCUUCCUGGGUGGUGGCUGAGGGUGCAGCUCAUCAUUGAUGGGGAUUCGAUGUAAAUGCGUCACACGGGGUCCUCUGCAAACCUCUGGUGCAUUUUUGUGGAAUAGUUUGCAAUGUGAUAAAAGUGCAAUAAAGAUACAGCAAAUGUG